AUGUACCCCUCCGCCCCCGAACACAUCGACCUGGAGCUGACCACCAGCAUGGACAAAACGCUCGUCAUGCAUCAACCGCCGCCCGGCGUUGCAUGCCGCGCUCCUUUCAUCCAUUUUAACGGUACCCAACUAAAAAUCGUCGAUAACUUCGCAAAUUUCGACGGACCACUUUCAUGCAGCAUCAAAAUCAGCAAUGAAGCGGCCCACUAUAUGGUUAGAUGUGGUUAUGUAGCCCCACCUAAGGUAAGCAAACCAUAGCCGCCUGUAAUGCAGGACUGAUUGUAAUAGGGGUUUUUCUAGGUGGGGCCGGGGAACGUACAGGCGACUGCGGAUGCGCGGUUGUACUUUGAAUUUUUGAAAAAUAGUUGCCCUUACCCCUGACCUUAACAACUAACCCUAACCAUAGCCCCAACCCUAACACUAGACCUGACCCUUAACCGCAGCCCUAAACCCUGACCCAACAGUAUUGUGUCCACCAAGUGGGGCUGCAUAACCACAUCUUACCCACUAUUAUAUCUCUACAGCCAACUAGGCCUCCAGCCGAUUACAAAACUCCGUAUGGAAUCACUACGACCUCCACUGAACUGAAGAUGUUCGAGGCGGUCAUCUUCAUGACGGUGUUAUUUGGUGCAGAGACCUGAGGUGUAGUGGCACACGGCAGAAAAUAAUUCAGAAACCGUUGUUCCAACCUCCCUCUUCUCUUUGGGAGCAGGGCUUCUGAAGGCUGACUUCACCAUGAGGGGUAGUCUUUUGCGCACAAAAUGAGGGGCGUUGUGAAAGUUUAAUGGUACGAUGAUAAGCACUGCUGGCUAUGUUCAGUAAAAAUAUCACCAGGUUGGUAACUCAAAAUUUAGCCAAAUUUUCCUCUUUUUGGUACAAUAACCGCAAGUCUUCAAACUCGUUUUGCGAACUGGCCUGGCAAUGAACACUUCUACAGCAUUAACACGUUUCACGACUUUUCAUUGCUUGUGCUUAGAUGCAGGCUUAUUCAUCUGCAGGUAGAAGGCCGAAGGAAAACCUAAAGGUUACAGGCUCUGAUACUAAUGCACCGAAUUCUAGCCAGCCAGGAGGAUGGGCUGGCAUUUAUCAGGAGAAAACCGACGUAACUGGACGUCAAUUGCUUCAUCCACCGUCCCCCACCCUGCCCACAGUACCAUUUUUUAAACGCUCAAGAAGAACUCUGUACAACGAGACCGUCAAAAAUGCUAUGAAAAAUGGUCCAAAAGCAUUUCAUGCAUGCUGUUGCAAGCCUCUAGGAACCGACGUGGACUAAUCUGACCUGACUGCGUACCCAAGCAUGGGGAGGGUGCAGGUGGUUACGCUUCCGAAGUAAUCAUUGGCUAAUAGUCUAAUUCAUCAAAAAUAACGAGCGGACUAUUCGCUACCGUUCUUCGCCGUUGCGGGUACUUCUCUUAAUUAGAUGCUAUAUAUCCUAAAGGUUUCAAAGCCGGACUGGUUCGUACCUUCCUUUUCCUAUUAAAAUUUGUUGACAAGAAAAGGUGAAUGAGGAUCGUUAAUUUCAAUUAAUUGCUUAUGAGUAAUAUGCCACGGCAGGAAUAAUGUAAACCCAAAUGAGAGUGUGUCUAAUGAAAAGUGGACCUGUGUUCUUCCAAUUUUACAACGAGUGAAAUUUGAAAUAAGAUUAUCAACAAAAACAAGAGAGAAUGUAAUAGCCAUUUCUGGGUUACUAGCUGCCAUCCGCCAGUCACACCCUACGCUCGGGUCAGGAGUGUCUGAAAUUUGAACCGAGUAUCUUCGUUCCUUGGGCAGAACGCCUUAUCGUUUGAGCCAGGGGAUCUUUGUCCUGUCGGUCGUUGUCGUUACCGAUCGGAUUGCGAAACAAGCUCAUCGAAAGGCGGUUAAAGCUAGCGCCUGCGUGUUCGUAUCCGAAGAACGCAGACGGAAACGUGGCUGACGCAUUCCCUGCCAUACAUUAAGGACGUUUCAGAGGCAAGCAACCGUGUUAAUGCGAGACUAGGUGUUGGAAUUCCACACCUGCCCAAGACUAAUGUGGGCAGCAGGGUCAUGAAAACCCCCGGGCUGAUCAAACCCCAAGGAGCAGUCUGAUUUAUUGUAUCGCAUCCCAUGCAUAAGCUGUCCUUCAAACAACAUAAGUUGGACUGAACAAAUACCUAGAUCGGGCAUACACGAACAUAAACUGUGAGGAGCAGAUUACAAGUUGUUAUCCUCACCCUCGAACCGGGUCAGGAGUUCAAAUUCCCAGCUGCAUAGAUCAUUGUUAUGCUGGAAGCAAGGCAGAUCAAGAAUUGAUCGAAACUUGGGCCUCAGAUGAGUACUCAACCACUCGGUUUAAUGAUACUGCGUCGGCAUACAGAACCCUAUGCGGACACCUCCAGAUCUUCAGCACUGGUAAUAUGCCUUAUAAUUGUCACCUGAAACGUUGCUGCUGUCAUCUCUGACGAUGGACUCCUGCACAAGCCGAUAUGCCUACGUCUUCCUUACUCACAUACCCUCUUAAUGCGUCCAUUUGUAGGUUUCAAAUGCAGCAAUAUAUGUCACUUGUGUCACUGAAGCUAAAUCCAUUUGUUUUCAAAAUAAUGCUACACUGAGAAAAGCCGAUGACCCAGUCAUUCUGCUCCGUCUUAUCAGGCCAGAAGAAUAUUCGUUGUACCUGACAAUAAACAAAUUUUACAAGUUGCUAGGCAUUUAGGUGACACCAAGCACAGCUUAGAGGUGGAUUGUUGCAGAGAACAACUAAAAAACGUCCCGAGAGCUUCAAGAUUCGUGUUAUGCAGAUUUCAACCUAAGGAAUCUUCGGACGAGUCUCCCACGUUCAGCGAAGAUACACGGGGACGCGACUGGACAGUUUGCGUUCCGCGGAACCGUCAGCCAUACAUCGAUCUGGGUAAUAUGGACAGUUUAGUUUAUGUCUCCCAUCAGAACUAGACCUUUCCAAGGCAUCACGAAAGUCUGUCUAGCCAAUUUGUCUACAUAAGCAUUUCCAGCUACCGUUUGGCAUCUUCGCGUGGCUAUGCUUCCACACUACAGAUCACCCGUUUCGGCUGCCUCGUUGGAAAUACAUGAUUUCAGUGACUUUAGCACUACCUCUGACCCCUAAAGAGGAGUGUAAACUUCCAUCUGCAUGCGUCAAUGAAGAAACGGAAAAUAUAAGUGGUGGAAGAUACUCAUCAGUAGGGGGAGAUGAAGAAGAAGAAGAAGAAGAAGAAGAAGAAUAGGGAGUAGUAGUAGUAGUAGUAGUAGUAGGAGGAGGAGGAGGAGGAGGAGGAGGAGGAGGAGGAGGAGGCGGCGGAGGAGGAGGAAGUAAAAGUAGGACGUGCGGGCACGAAACUUGUGUCCUGUCGAGCAUGCUAGUAGGCUCGCAUUUUGAAUUUAUCACGCCUCCCGCAGGCGGUUUUCUCGGGUGCCCACUCAGAGCGAGGACUGACAACGAACAAAAACAGCGAAAAGUUGAAGAUAAUUUAGUCAGAGUGUACCUCAUCCAGGACAGAUGGCUGCCUACUCUAAGCUGGGGGACAACGGACACUCAUUUUGCUACAAAAAGGUACGUUAGCUUGGAUGAGGCUGAAUGAUUUAGGACUACACUUUGCAGAAGAGCGACGAUUAGCAGGUGAGUUGAAGUCGCUAGUGAUGCAUGCCCACGACUUCUCCAAGAAACUUCCCAGUCUGCGAGGAUUUGUCAAAUAGCCACCGGACAUCUAUCUGCGCAAAUAAUUGAAUACGCAGGCACAUGGUAGAAUGCGCUUACUCUAACAUGACGCUCUCGGAUUCCCAAAAGUGCUUAGGUGAAAGGGAGGCGAAAUGUGUCAAAAUAAUAUCAAGUCCAAUUGUCCACACAUAAGUCAGCACACCCCCUUGUUCUUUUGCCUGAAAGACAUUUCUACUGCUCAUGACUUUGCCUAAAAGUACUUUGGAGUCGGUAUUCCGAUUUACGUAUCAUUGACCCAGGGUGACAAUCAAGAAUAUUCAAUAUCGUGUGAAUUUCAUUCACCAAUCCGAAUACGGGACGUGCAUAAGAGUUUUGACUUCCAGUAUUUCAAUGUGACAAAUAAAGUUACUGCGAUCAAAUCCGAUCUCAAAUGUCUUCUUAACACUCUAUUUCAGUAAACUCGUGCACCUGCAAAAAACAUGCUCUCCCCGGCCGAAUAAAGCUGUGGGAUUCAGAGAAAGAGUGAGGUUUGACACGUUCAGAGAGUAGAGUGCUUCGGUAGAUCAUUUUUUGAGGAUCCCGACUCUCUCAGCGGGUGACCAAAAGGUGCAACCAGAAACACUUAGAAUGGCAAAGUUUACAACUAAGUGUUUUCGGAUCAUCGCAAAAACAAUAUUUCUUCCGUCCAGCAUGCUUUCCUUGCAAAUUCCUCAAAUUCUCCCUUAAACUUCCCCACAAGUGUUUCUGACAACAGUGUGAUUUUCAAAAGCCUGCUUUUCCGUCGCAUGUUCAGUAAAGUACUCCCUCGAGGGUUCUCUCUGGUGCCAAUGAACUUCGCUGAGGAAGGCAAAAAUACGUAGUCCAUGUAUGGGACGAAGAAGGAGACGCGAUCGCUGAAACGGAUUCUUGCUCGAGUCCAUUGUCAAAAACAGAGUCAGAUAAUGGUAAUAAACUAUCCAGAUGUUGCAGAAAGGACCAAGUCCUUGAAACUAUUGUCUAAUAUGUCAUUUAGCUUGCUGAGUCCCAGGUAGACCAUGGUUUACAGAGAGCGAGGAGGGAUUCCUAAUGGCUGUAACAAAUAUCUUAUUAGAAAGGUCAGCUUUACAAACACAUCUUUUCGGCAACUCAUCAUCAUGGCCAUACAGUUGCACAUAAACUGAAAAUAUAACACGUUCACAGGGUUUACAAGUGUUUAGAGGCCUGCGCCAACGGGUGCUAGCUACAACCGAGGCGGUGUCAAUACGUGUAGCGAAUCCACUGCCAUGUUGCCAAAAGACGUUGACGCAGGUGCUGUGCCUUCCGUGGCCAGCGCCCACCCUAGAGGAUUAUCACAUCCCACCCAAACCCCCUAAUGACAGUGAUUUGUACGCCAUGUACCGAGCCUACAAACACCACUCCAGGCCGAUACCACCCUCUUGCCCCAAGAACCUCAACACGCCAUCCUCGUCACACGAAUACCGUGGGAACGAUGGGUGUUAAUAACCCCCGAGACACUUAUAAAUCCUGUAAAUGUCUCAUAUUUUCAAUUCCUAUGUAACUGUAUUGACCUCGUGAUGAAUUACCGAAAACAUGUUUUGCCAACUUGACUUUUCAAGUAUGACACUGGAAUAUUCGCAAGUAUCUUACUGGUUUGAGCCUUCAGACGCGCACAGGUGUACUUCAUCAGACGAAUGGAAAACAGGCGAGUAGUAUGUACUGCCUCUUCCAAUCGGUCAGCGUCCGGUAUAGGCCGGCACGGGUGCUAGGCCAAAACCUAAGCACCUUUUUCGCCAAUUUUAUGCGGCUUUAUAGCUCAGCUGAGAGCGUUUUGGCUUGCUAGCAGAAACGAAGACGCGAGUUCCAAGAAAUAGUCGCGGAUAAGGAGACACGAUCGCUGGAAAAGUGCUUUAUUAGCCUGACGUUUCGGAAUCUCACUCCUGUCAAUUGUCAGAGACAGAGUCAGAUAAGGGUGAUAAACUACCCAGAUGUUGCAGUAUUUAUAGAAUGUUGUUGCAAGACAGCUAUAUACCUAUCGCAGUUGGCAACUCCCGAGUGCCUAUCGGCUCGGCUGGCCGGUCGGCCUAUCAGCUACAUUCUAAAAUGCUGCAAGACCUGAACAAUUUACCACCCCUAUCUGACUCUAUCUCUAAUGGUGGAUUCGAGUGAGAACCCGAAAAGUCAGGUAAAUAAAAUUCGUGUUCCAGCGAUCGUGUCUCCUUGUUUACGACUACUUCAUGGAACUCGUCUCUUCGCUUCAAAUAGCAUGUAUGGGACGUCUUCUGAGCUGCAGCCUGGUCGUCACUCGACGCUACCACGACACCUUAGAGUAGUUUUGCCAAAUGGAUGUUUGUCUGAGUUACCCACCCCCCCCCCCCGGUUCACUUCGAGGAGUUCAAUUUCUUGCAGUUGUUGAAAGCAGGUUGUUCGUCGUCCAUCAUCAAAAUGCAACCGCAAUCAAUCAAAGAAUGUGGAUAAAAAAGCUGACCAAAAUCCGUCGAGCAAAUGUGUUUUUUUUUUUAUCCGUAACCAUUCAACCGUUGUAAUUGUAAUUACUAAACGAAAGCUGUAACGCCAGACCGAGUAUUUCGGUCUGUGCUGUUGGAAGACCAAGGAGUCUAACCGGUUACGGACUCAAAAAUUGAAGUUCCCAUUGGCGUGCCUUUCGCCAGCCCGCACAACGCUCGGUCAAACUGGAAGUACGUUUUGCAACAGAAAAUGGGGAGUUGGUGAUCCAUCGUUUAAUCAUAUUUGCCAUACAGAAGUAACUGGAUGAUCUUGACAGACAGGUCAUAGUGAUAGAGAUAGAGAAAAACGUUACCUUGUUUGGCAGAAAAUCAACGUACAUAAGUUGGUCGAAGAAUAUUGAUGACCAGCGGACUGCGGUGUCUGAAUCAGCAGUCGGAAAGGUGAUUUCUCGGAGCAACCGAUUUGUAGUCCGCAAUUUGGAGUGCCAAAAGAGAACACCAUCUUUAUGCACCGUGAGACGCCAAGGCCGUUUAUUAGGAGCUUACUAUACGUCAUUCGGUCAAAAUUACAGAAUCUCAUUUUCCCUCAGUCAGCAUUUCCACGUCAUUUUCACGUCGGCAUUUUUACAGAGUUUGGUUCACAGGAGUAAAUACACUAAGCUUCUAACCUUCCCCAGGUAACCCGCCCUAUGGAAUGCUAUUUCGGAACACUCCGUUUCCGAGUUCCCGACAUGCAGGUCGUCAUUGACUGCUCCAGCCCCUGCACCCAAUCCAAUCACCCGUUGACUGACAGACUCGGACAGUGCACUGUAGGGUAGCGUGAAACCGGCAAAGCGAAUCCAGCUUCUAUCAGCAAAGAGAGUCCAUACCCACGGCAAAUCAUUGCAAAAAAUCCUACGGGCCUUAAUGUGUCAAAAGUCAUUAAGAGCCCUGGUCUGGAAUGUUGCGCACUGAAGGGAUGAUCGGACCCAAGGGAGAAUUUUGGAGUGAUUUGGGGACCGCGUGUCAGGCUUCAGUGUCUCCCACCUAAUGCAGUCUCUAUGGCACUGUGACUGAUGCGAACCCCGAGCCGUCCAUAUGAAGGCCUCGCACAUGCUGUGGGGACCGGAUCGUGUGUGGCACGCGUAGACGGGUUGUUUAACUUUGUCAUUCACCGCGCCCGCGCCCACCUCCGGUCUACUUAAAAUUAUCCCGUCAUCAGAUUAUGGUGGGUGACAGAGGAAAGAGAAAGAGAAAGUAGGCUUUACUAGAAGUCAACUUGCACACAAUUCACCGAUGCUUCACCCACCUCGUUGUGGAGUCCAACAGUCAAACAUGCCAUUCAAUCUUUUCAGAGGGAACAAUGAGCCGCACAUCUCAUAGGGCCGCAUAAGAACGUUCCUCGCACUGUCCAAUAUGAAACCUAUCGGACAGGUAUGAAGUCUCCGGUUGUGCACUUGUCCACUCCUCUCAUGCUCAAAGUUAUGAGGUCAAACUGUGAAAAAUAUCAUCAUCUGUGCUCCAUCAGUGUCACUGACAGCUCUGAUCGACUUGGACGUUUGAGCCGAAGAUUCGCGCGCUGCUGCGAACCGGUGUUAGCAGGAAAUGUCCUCUUGCGUCUUCGUGGUGCAGUAUCAAACGCGCCAGAUUAAUUACAGUGAGGAAUACACCCUCUCUUUGCCCUCUCCUGUGUGGCGUGACCUGUUCGAGCGCUUCGUCUAGCGUCCGAUGAGAUCGGACUGACGGAGCGUAAGACUCACGCUAACGUUUGUCACAAUUAUUAAAGGAUUUACAUAGUUUGAGCGCAGUUUUACUAGAAGGUAUCAUUAGUUGGUUUGGCCAUCAUAUCAGCUCAAGGCAGCAGCAACCCUCUCAGAGUAUGCGAAUGCUAGGGACUGACUAACGGAUACGCCCAAAAAAGAAAAAGAUGAUUCUUCGCCCAUUUGCAUAUGGCUUCAUGUGCUGGAGAAGCGGGGCUCCUUAUUCGAAUGGUUCAUCCCUACAGCACAUCUGCAUUUUCUGGUGUCAGGUACUCCUAGAUCCUAUGGCCUUGACUGGCCCACUAGCUAAGCAGACACUUGCAAUUCAUGUUGACCCAACUGUGAAAAACUCGCCGUCUCGGUAGGAUUUGGACUCAUGACAACAAGUGGAGGCUCUAGUACAGCCAACGCUCUAGCCACCUGAGGUUAAUCACAUUUGGGUCCAGUUACCCACCAACUCAUGUCUCCCAGGGAGGGCUCGUAUCCCAGAUGGUUGGAGCAUUGGCUGUAAUAAGACCUCUUCUUACUAACCUGGGUUCGUCCCCAACCAAGGCGCCGAGUUUUUCACAGUUGGGUCAGAACGAGUUAUUAAAACACUGCCAAAACAACUAUUCACUUUCAUACUCACUUCUCCUUUUGUUGUAUCAAAACAGUGGACAGUACGCACACAACAGGCGCUUAGUUCUGCGCAUCUUUCGUUCCUUCUUGAGCAGCUCUUUUCCCCCGCAUAUCUUCCAUCUAUUGAAAAUCUGAAGAAGAUGGUAUCGCUGGGGUAGGACGUUGUUGGCCUAACGAUUCGGAUUCUCCCUCGAACCCACCGUAAGAGCCAAUGUUAGAACACUCUGGUAGAGGCAUAAUGGGCGCAUUAUUCAUAGGGCACAUUGACCCGACAAGCACAUGCCUACUACAAUUAGCAGCACUCGCUUUCACCUCUGGGAGUCAUAUAUGGUACGAAUAUUUCUUGCUUUUGCGCACACGAGUCGCCAAUUGCCGUGAUUUCAUCACCGUUGUUGAUCCUUGGCGUGAUGGUUACUCAGUGCUUUGACUCACUGCCAUCGGAACUGCUGCUGCUGCUGCUGCUGCUGCUGUUGCUGAUGAUGAUGAUGAUGAUGAUGAUGAUGACGACGACGACGACGACGACGACGACGACAGGCAUGUGGGGGAUGAUGAUGAUGAUGAGGAGGAGGAGGAGGAGGAGGAGGAUGAUGCUGAUGAUGAUGAUGACGAUGAUGACGACGACGACGAUGACGACGACGGGCAUGUGGGGGAUGAUGAUGAUGAUGAUGAUGAUGAUGAUGAUGAUGAUGAUGAUGAUGAUGAUGAUGAUGAUGAUGAUGAUGAUGAUGAUGAUGAUGAUGAUGAUGAUGAUGAUGAUGAUGAUGAUGAUGAUGAUGAUGAUGAUGAUGAUGAAAAAGAAGAAGAAGAAGAAGAAAAUGAUAAUAAUAAUAAUUUUGAAGAAGAAGACACGAUCGCCGGGACAAGAGCUUUAUUAGCCUGA